AUGGAAGAUAUUGGGCUUGAAAAGAAAUAUGUUUUCAUAUCUGACCAACAAAAUGGACUAGUGGCUGUAUUUGAAGAGAUGUUUGAGUCAAUCGAGCAUAGAAUAUGUUUAAGGCAUAUGUAUGCCAACUUCAAAAAGAAAUUUGGGGGAGACAGUGCAAUAAGGGAUCUAAUGAUGGGAGCAGCAAAAGCAACAUACCUACCGGCUUGGGAGAAAAAGAUGUAUGAGUUGAGGCUACUUGAUACAAAGGCUUGGGAAUGGCUAGCUAAAGAUAACCCUAUCAUCACUAUGUGUGAAUGGAUUAGGAAUUAUCUCAUGAAUAGGGUAGCUGUUAGUUUAACCAAGUUAGAUAGAUGGAAACAUAAGAUCAUGCCUAUGCCUAGGAAAAGAUUGGACAAGGAAGUUGUAAUGAGUGGUAAUUGGAUUCCUACUUGGUGUCAAAACAUGGUUUGGCAGGUUAGCCACACAUUUGAUGGUCAUCAAUUCAUUGUUGAUCUUAGCAAAAAAACAUGUACUUGUUGUUUUUGGGAACUUGUAGGGAUUCCAUGUAGGCAUGCCAUAGCUGCUAUGAGUUAUCAGAAAUUAGAUCCAGAAACAUUUGUGGAUGGCUGUUAUAGUAGGGAAACAUAUACUAAAUGUUAUUCAAAUAGUGUGAGUCCCACAAAUGGAAUGGAUAUGUGGCCUAGUGUUGAAGUUGGGGAUAUGCUUCCACCCACAUAUAAGAAAGGUCCGGGAAGACCAAGAAAACUUAGGAUUAUAGAGCAUGAUGAAAAUGGAUCUAGAAUGGGAAGUCCUGGUGUGAAUUACAGGUGUACUAAGUGUGAUAGCAUAGGACAUAACUCAAGAAAAUGUCAGAGUCAAGAACAAAAUCCAGCAGCAUUAAUGAGAAAGGUCAAUACUUAA